AUGUCCAGACCACUGAUUCUUAUUAGUGCAUUAACGUCUAACCAGAAAGUAUGGAAAAUUGUUAUACGUGUUAUCGAUCUAUGGAUUGUGAAGGAGCACAAUGGACUGCAGCAUGUCGAAGCUAUUAUACAUGAUGCAGAGAUUGGCGGGAGUGGCAAAAAGGCCUGCAUCAAUGUUACACUCUCCGAUGAUUGUGGAGCUGAACUAGACGUCACACUUUGGGAGUCGUACGCAAACCAACAUACAUCAUACAUAAAAGACAAUGCUCCCCCAGGUGUUAUACUCACCCAUGAUUGGAGUCUCAAAAGUUUAUCAACUAGGAAGCUCAACGUUUCAAAUGCAUGGAAUGGAUCAAAAUUGCUUCUAAACUAUGACCAUCCCCAAGUCACUGCAUUCAAAUCCAACUUUGAAGAUGGGAAGCCAUAUUCGAUUUCUUCGCAAACAAUGUCUGUCAAUUUUGCAUCACAAACAGCUUUCGAAGAAAGAUCGUUCUCCUUUGUUAAAGAUAUGAAAACUAUUGGCCAGAUCAUGUCUCUUAAGGAUGAUACUUUUUGCAACACGAUAGGUAUGACUAAAAGGUUCAAGUCUAAUCGUUUUGUCUAG